AACAAACUUGGUGAACUUUGGCUUCUCACCAUUUGUGCCAACAUGGCUAAUUUGCGUGGAAAACUAGAGGCUGAUGUCGAACUGAGAUCACCAGCUGACAAAUUCUUCAAGGUUUGGAGGAGCGAAAGCCACAAAAUGCCUACUGUCACCUCCAAAAACAUUCAAGGAAUUAAAGUUCAUGAAGGUGACUGGGAUCAGCAUGGAGCUAUCAAGAUUUGGAACUACACCGUUGAUGGGAAGUCCGAAGUGUUCAAAGAGAAGGUCGAGUUUGAUGAUGACAACAUGUCGGUCACCCUGAACGGCAUCGAGGGCCACAUCUUUGACACGUAUAAGGUCUUCAAGGCGGGGUGCAAGCUCGUCCCCAAGCAGCGAGGCAGUCUGGCUAAGCUGAGCAUUGAGUAUGAGAAGAAAAAGGCGAGCGACCCUAACCCCGACAAGUACAUGGCUGUGUUAAUCGCCAUGACCAAGGACAUCGAUGCUCACGUUUUAAGCGCAUGAAGGAAAAAGAUCACGGCAUGACUGUGAUCAUGUGUGAAGUUGUGCUGUAUUAUGCUUGAUAUUUCUAGUGCUUCCAUGCAUCUAGACCCAAUAAAUCGAGCUAGUUGAUCAGGUGAUCUGAAGUUGAGUUGUGUUUUGGGAAUGCCAGAAGACUCGCCUCUUAUGUUCGUGUGUAAUCUUGCUUGUAAUAACACUUGUGGUUUUUGCAAAAUGACAUGGUUAUGUGAACU